UAAGGGAGAGUGUAGUUGUUACUUGGUUUGAUAUGUUUUAAUCUACAUUAUUCCCUUGUUACGUCAUAAUGUAACGCCUGACUUCUGAAUUAGGGUAACAUGAGCCGGAACGCUCCCCAAUAUUCUUUUACUUACGUGUGAAAUUGAUUUUCUACUGUGUGGAUCACAGCUUCUUUUUUUCGCGGACGUGUGGAGACAGUUUUGCAGGGACGUUCCUAUUGUCUCAGCCGUUGCCCUGUUUGUACCGGAAGCUGUCAGAGCCCUGUGUGUGUAAGGCAGAGGGUGUUGCCACCCACGCAGACGCUCCCUUUUCACCGGCGUCCGCCCGGCGUGGAGGCGAGGGUGCGCAUGCGUCGCCACGGCAACCUCCAGCAGGUAUAAAGACGGACGCUCACCUGUGGUCACCAUUCCUCACCCAUCGACCACACAUCGGACAUGGCCAUCUUCUGGACGUUCUUUGUUUUGUUGUGGGGCGCCAUGGCCAGUGCUACGAGCCUGGAGGAUCGCCUGCGGCCGUUGUGGACGGAGGCGGAAGCGGAGGCGGCGGCGGCGGCGCUGGCGGGGGCGGCGGGGCCGGUGGGGGCGUGCACCGAUCCCGAGGACUGCGCCUUCCACAGGAGCGUCCGCGGCCGCGGUGGGCACCCGAGGGUCCUCGAGGUCGCCAUGCCCUGCCACUGCCGCCAGGAACACUCCUUACAGAAGCUGGGCGUGGGCCACUACCCGCAGCUGCUGCGGCAGGUGUCGUGCCGGCGGGACGCGGCCUGCUGCCUGGAGCCGUACCGCUGCCGCCAGCUCAACCACAGCGUGCUCGUGCUCGUCGACAGCCACAUUGUGCCCGACGAGCUGGACGAGUACAGCGCCGAGAAGCUGCCCAAGGAGCUGCGCGACUCGCACUGGAACUUCAAGGCCGUCAGCGUCGGAGUCGGCUGCCAGUGCGUCAUGGACGUGCUCGCCUCCUAGGCAGCAGUAUGGGACCCCGCACCUGGACUUCUCCCACAGAUGACCUCACUGCUAUGUACCUGGCCGACGUCGGUGUAUUUACGCUCCGCACGUGAAUUGAUGUGUCGCAAACACACUUUCAGUAUUAUACAUUAAUGUGAAUUAAGAAAUAAAUAAUUUUGGAACCUAAACUAGACUAGAAGUAGAUCUCUUAUACGAAAGACUGACUAAGA